AUGAGUAAAUCAGAUGAAAAUCAAAUGAAUUCGGAAAUGAAAAUACCGACGGAUUAUAAUACUGUCAGUAAUAAUAUUCAUGAACCUGUGUUAGAUUUAUCGCAUGGAUCAAAUACAAAUGAACAGUGUUUUCAACAUUUCAGCAUUCAAGAUUCACAAGUGUUUAACGAAGUGGGGAAAUACAAUACCACAUAUCCAAAUAACAUGUUAAACACUAAUCAUAUUCCAGGAGAACAAAUAUCUCAAAGUCAUUCACCGAUGCAUAUGAACCACUGUUGUAGUGAUAAUAUUUCAUCAAAUCAUACUGGAUAUUAUGUUCCAAAUAUACCAACUCCUGAACAGUUGUUAGCAAGGGAUCAAGAGAAACAGUAUGAUCUAAACGGUCAAAUAAACUUCCUAAAUUUGUUUCGUCAGACAUGGUAUCUUUAUCAGCAGUAUUUGACACAGUCGAACAAUUCAUUUCAAUCAGUUUAUCCUUGCUGGACAGACGAUUACCAGUACUUUGUAAAUAACAGUCUGUCAGCAAUUGCUUUUAAUCAACCAUCAAAUGUAUCAGCGCCGAAUCAAAAUGAUACACAACGUCAUAUGGAAAGCACAAUACCUUCCGACUGUUCUUCAAUGCAGACAUUAUUCAACUCAAUGUUUGAGACAAUGAAUAAUCAAAAGAAAGUUACACCAGUUGAACAGUAUUCUGAAAAUCACGUUCAUGAUAUUACAAACAUUCAAAGUAAUCUUGAUGACUCUAAAUCCCCUGAAGAUAGACCCAGACAGUAUCGUAAAGCAAGAGCCUAUUUUCAUCCUAAGCAAAUGAGUUGUCUGGAAUCAUUCUUUCAAAAGAAUCCUUAUUUAUCCACAAGAGAUAGGGAAUAUUUAUCAAGGAAGUUAAACCUUUCCGAAGAUCGGAUUAGAACAUGGUUUCAAAAUAGACGCAUGAGAGAAAAACGCAAACCUGGUACACAAUGUGAUUCUGAUAAUUCUUCAGUGAAUUCAUGUGUAAAAGUGGAUUAUUCAUAA